AUGAAGAAUAUCAUACUUGUUCUUGCUAUGAUGAUCUUCUUCUCAAGCUGUGUAGUCACAGCAAGCGAAGUAGAGUCAUCAACAACUAACGAAGAGCUCUUUCGAUCGGGGUGGUUCCACCCUAGCUUUCAUCCCAAGCCAUAUGUAAACCCUAGAAAAGUCUUCCCCGGGAUCAUUAGAUGUUUGUCCGACAAAGAGGAGGUAAGUGCAUGUUUUGAUUAUAUCGUUAGAAGUUUUUACACCGGAGCCGAAUGUUGCGAAGCCAUCAAUAAGAUGACCCAAGAUUGUGAGACCGUCUUUGGAUCUUUUCGUAACUCCUUCUACACCGACUUUGUCAAGCUACACUGCUCCAUUGUUGUUGGAUCUACUUCACCGGCUCCUCCUUCGCAGCCUCCUUCAUCAACUCCUUCACAUGCUCCUUUAUAUGCUCCUUCACAUGCUCCUUUAUAUGCUCCUUUACUGGCUCCUUCAUCAGCUCCUUCACAUGCUCCUUCACCAUCUCAGGGAUUUUAG